GAUAGAACCGACACACCACUGAGUAUUUCUCCAUCUAUUAGGUGUCAUGCAUCCAGUUUAAUAGCUAGUACACGUGCGGACAGUGAGUCAUUAAUUAAUUCUGAGGGAACUUGAAGAAGAAAACGAUCCAGUGCUGAGAUCCGUGCGUCACCGGGUCCCCGGCGGUGGCGACGCGUACUGCUCCUCAGUCGUGCUUCGCUUCAACCCGGCUUUAAAAAAAAACGGGCCAGUGAGACCGCUCACCGAUCGCCGAUUAACACAUUAAUUGAGCCCAUCAACCAAUCGUUCGGUCGCGAUCGUGGCGCCUCGCCCACGGCAUGACCUCCGGAGUGACGCGUCUCUCCGAUGAGAGGGCGGAGGGAAGAGCGCCGGAGGAGAUGCGCAUAUCUGCAGGUCUCUAGCGCUGUCGUAAAACAAGUGUCGGGAGCAAGUGAGCUAAAAUUAAAGCAAUGCCAGGAGUAACCAAGUACAAUUUAGUGGAUGACGCGCAAGAUUUGAGGAUCCCCAUGCACAACGAGGAGGUGUUUAAGCAUGGGGUGUGCUUCGAGGCAAAGUACAUAGGCAGUUUGGAGGUGGGCCGCCCCGGGAGCCGAAUGGAGAUAGUUGCAGCAAUGAGGAGAAUCAGAUAUGAAUUCAAGUUGAAGAACAUAAAGAAAAAGAAGGUCAACAUUGUCGUAUCUACUGACUUCGUCAAAGUGAUUUUGCGCAAAAAGAGGAAGAGAAAAGGGUGGUCGUGGGACGACAACACCAUCUUGGUGACACAGGAUCCUAUCUACAGAUCCACCCUCGUUGGCCUCCUGCUGCUGUUCUCUCAAAACGUCAACACACACACACACACACACACCAUCUUCUCGGUGUCUCCACCCCACCCCCUCUCACAGUCUCAGGCCAUGAGGAUUGUGCGGACAGUGGGUCAGGCGUUUGAUGUGUGUCACCAGCUGACCCUGCAACAGAAAGACGACGAGCAGGAGGAUGAGGAGGGGAAGGCGGAGGAGCUGCAGGCGGUGCCAGCAAAGAAGAGGUUUGCAUUGUCAGAGGAGACAGACCUUGAAGCCACUACAGAGGAGAGCAUUGAGUGCGUCUCCUCAUCAGACCCGGAGAAGAGUAAAAAGGACGAGGCUCUUGGUAAUGAUGGAAAGGUAUCUGAUGACCCGUCUCUUCUGCUGAGCUCACCCAUCCUUGGAGCCUCUGUGCUGGCUCAUGCUGCAGCAGGGGGAUCCUGCUCUGCAGAGCACCAGGUCCACUUCCUUCAGAAACAACUGCAGCAGCAGGAACAACAAGCACUAGCAGCUUCAGCGCAGGUAAAUGUUUUGCAGGAACAGCUGUCGGUGGAGGCGUGUGCUCGGACUGAAGCCCAGGCCAGAGUGCAGAGGCUGCUGCAGCAGAACACAGACCUGCUGCAGCACAUUUCCCUGUUGGUCAAACAGAUCCAGGAGCUGGAGCUCAAAGCUGCGGGCCAGUUAACAUCCAUGGGUUCCCAGGACAGUCUUCUGGAGAUCACAUUUCGUGCAAAGCCUCCCGGCGUUCCUCAUGAACCCCCCACCCCUUCCUCAUCUACAGGCCUGUUAGCAGCUGAGUCCCAGCUUCAGAUUAGCAAUAGUGCCUGGGUCUCUGUCCUGCCCGGGUCCUGCUCUCCAGGCACCACGGGCGCUGACACCAUCCCCUCGGGGCUUAGCAGCAGCGGAGUUAGGCUUGAGUGCUUCCGCUUUACUUCCCGAGCGGCAGACAGCCAGGAACAGGGACAGGACACAGGGGAGACUCCCAGCGACGGGGCCCCCGAUGAAAGCUCGCUGCUGCGGGAGCAGGUCCUGGGAGCCCUGGAGUUGCUUCGUUUCAGGGAAUCUGGGAUUGGAUCAGAGUACGAGUCAAACACAGAUGAGAGCGAUGACCGGGACAGCUGGGGUCAGGGGGAGGGAGCGGGGGCCGACGGAGGAGCCCGACUUUUAAAUGUGCUGAAUGCAGAGAGUCUGCCAGACUGCUUGGGAGAUGAAAUGGCUGUUUAGUGGUGAUGUGAAAGCUGCACCAGGCAACUUUGAAUCUAUGUAAAAGCCCAAUGGGAAAUAAGUAAAAUUCAGAAUCUGAAAUUAUCUGUAUAACGUGACAGAAAACUGCAUAAUCUGCAGGUAUAAAUUACUUGUCGCGCUCACUCACCGCUGUCCUGGCAAAAGUUUGACAUUUUUUGCCCUUUUGAUUUGCACAGCUUAAGAAAAUGUCCGUCUGGUUCACUGGUAGCUCUGUGGAUUGUUAUUUCUUGCUAUUAUGUAGUUAAUAUGUCACACUUCUGCAACACAGAAAAAUGUAAUGCAUUACUUUAGAAUCCGUGACACCCAACUAGGGCAGUAAUAUGAUAAUAAUAAUAAUAAUAAUAAUGAUAAUAGCAGAAACGUCUUAGAAUCAUUGAGCAUGCUGUUUGCAAAUCCUCCAUAUUUUUGUUAAUCCUUGGUAACUGCUAUAUAAUAAAUUUAGACAUCAUAAUGUCUAAAGCCAUGCUAGCUGCUCUAUGAGGGUGAGCUAAAUGCUAUGCUAAUAUGCACACAAAUGCUGUGUCAAAAAUUGCUGUACUUCCAUAAUUACACGUGAUCAUUUGAGUACAUGUUCAGAGUGCACUAUAAGUACCCAGCUGAUGGACUCAAAAAGUUGAGUGUGGAAAACUACAGUUUUCAGUUAAAGUCAUUUAGAAUGGAAGGGACUAAGCAAAACACUGCCUGAAAAGUGGAGGUAACUGAGUAGUUUCUCAUGCAUAAACUGCACCAAACAAUUGUGAGUGAAGACUAGUCUGAUUUUUCCAUGCUUGCUUGACACAGCAUGUGAAACCAGUAUAAAGUUCACUUUUUUUUAUUAUUUCCUAGACUUUCAUCUAUCCGUUUUUGUUUAUUUUCCAUUCAUUUUUAACUAAAAGAUGUCAAAAUGGGUCUCUUGUUUCAAGUACUGUGGUUUAGUGAAAAUGGAAAUAGAUUAAUAGCCAUUGGUAGCACGCUAGUAAAAUUCUGAUUCUUCUAGGUUUUAAAGAAACUGUUGAUCCGUCACGGUCCACAAAGCUUUAUCGCCACAGGCCAAAUACAGAAAAGGUGCUCGCAUUACUGGAGGGGGGCAGGUUUCGCUGGCUUCCUGGACAGUUUGCGCCUCGAGGCUUGUGUAGCCCUGCUGAGCGAGUGUUUUCCCCUCAUGGUCGAGAGGUUUGCUGUUUAAGAAUUUCAUGGAAAAUACUGUGUUUUUCAUUUGCAGUUUGUGCACCAGAAACUGUUCAUUAAACAAGAUUUUUCUGACAGUGAAGUUGAAAAAGGCCCAUUGUUCAGUAUUGAUUACGUGGCGUUUUUUUGUGUGCAAGGGGUGUGGGAAAAGCCUGCAUCUUUAUCCGGUGUUUCCCACACUGCCACAAAUUUGGUAGAAACAUUAGUGCUGAUGCUAGCUAGCAAGCUGAAAGUGGCAUUCACUGACCUAAGCACUUAUAUUUGGCACUGUGUGAUGUUUAAGUGCUAAACUGUCAUCUUCCAAUAGAAUAAUAUGUGAUUAGAGACUCGACGGAUUGGUGUUCACAAAAUGUGGCAGCUAGCAUGACAGUUGCACUAAAAUGCUAAUCUGUGCACAACUUGCCAUGUUCAAGCAGUUAAAAUUCAUAUGUUAUGACAGUAUGUAAAUAGUAUAUUUCAUGUGAGCAUAUGUUUAAAUUCAACCUGAGGCACAGGGGCAAUUCUUUAGUGUGUUAUCAUGUUCACAAAUUAACAAGUAGCUUUUAGCUAUUUUAUUAGCUAAUAACUAGCUAAGUUAAACAGUUGAGGCAGGAAUAAUGUGACUUGUUUAUUUCAAGCAGUUGUUCAUAAAUUUGCCAAUUUCUACAAGUUAAUAUUAAUUUUUCAGAUUACAUUUUUAUCAAAUCAACACUACAUACAUGAAGUAACAUUACGUACUGUAAUCCUCAAAACUAAAAUGUACCUUCUGCUUCUCGGCUUCAGUGCAGUGGGACAUUUAGCACAGUGCAGCUUCAUUCAAACCCUAUUAGUCAGUACAAGUGCUGUGGUGUUGCAGGCUGUCUGAAAAUCUCUGCUGUGUGUAUGUGUUUGAUGAUUGUUGUAAUGUUUGGUUCCUUGCCUCUGAGAGCCACUCACACGGCUUUUUACACUGUGGUUUGAUGACAUGUCCAGCAUGGACACAGUCAUUUUUGCUGUUUUUUCAUUACCGUCAAGAAAGAAAAAAGUCUGUUUAAACGUGUUGACAUAGUUGGCUUUCUUGGGGGGGGGUUUGAGUGGGGACCUUGCUAACCCUCGCUGUGACACUCGUCUGUAAUCUCAUAUAAGAAAUGGGUUUAAUAAGCAGCUAUACCUCUGAAAGUAUUACCUUUUUUUCUGUACAUUGUACACAGUAAAGUCUGAUUAACUUAGCGAUUCUAUAUAUAUUCAGCAUGAUUUUGUUCAUAAUGGUCUUCGUUCUAAUUAUGUAGUUAAAGAUGAUUUUCUCAUUUGAUUAUUCUGUGUGUCAGAGGUGCACAUGUCACCGGGCAGGCGCUGCUACAGUCUUGUCUAUGCUGUUAAAAACUGUAGCCGCUCGAUACUGUAGGAAUAAUUCAUUAAUGCCGUAUUGCGGCAGUGAUAACCUGCUGUAUCACUGUUGCGACACCCUUUAAAGAAAUUGUUUUGAAAAUGACCUCAAAGUACAAAUUCCAAAAAAUAUGUGAUCUAAAAGACUUUUCUGGACACCUUCAUAUUCUUGCAGCCAGCUGCCGCACCGGCUCCAUCACGCUGACUGUGAGCCAGCUCUUUAAAUCACUGGAUUGGGGACGUGUUUUUGAGUUCUUUCCAAAAUCAAUUAAUCUCGUCUUGGCCCUGCUCCCUCCCCCAUCCUCUCCUCUCCUCACCUUCCUUUCCUCUCUUCCCUGAAGCUUAUCACCCUGCUCCGUCAGUCUCUUAACAUUUCUCUUCAAGGUUAUGUCUGUUCACAAGAAGUGUGCUGAAAAUGAAAGUGCACUUACAUCGAUGUUUCUCCUCGUGGAAUUAAAUGCCCUUUCUCAAAUGCCA